AUGGCCGACACUCCUGUUACCCUGCGGACUCGCAAGUUCAUUCGCAACCCUCUGCUCGCCCGUAAGCAGAUGGUCGUGGAUGUCCUCCACCCCAACCGCCCCAACGUCUCCAAGGAUGAGCUCCGCGAGAAGUUGGCCGACCUGUACAAGUCCAACAAGGACCAGGUCUCCGUCUUCGGUUUCCGUACCCAGUACGGUGGUGGCAAGUCUACCGGUUUCGCUCUGGUCUACGACUCCGCCGAGGCCCUGAAGAAGUUCGAGCCCGCCUACCGUCUGGUCCGCAUUGGUGCCGCCACCAAGGUCGAGAAGGCUUCCCGCCAGCAGCGCAAGCAACGCAAGAACCGCUCCAAGAAGUUCCGCGGUACUGCCAAGACCAAGGGCCCCAAGAAGAACAAGGAUUAA